AUGGUAAUCAAACCAGUAAUAGAACAUUCGAGACGAAAUAACAGGGAAACUUUGCUUUUUUGCAAAGAGGUUGAGGUAAUUAAUUUGGAUAUGCAAGAGGCUUCAAAUAAAGUCGUAGUUUUAUUCAAUAGUGGUGCUCAAGUAACUUGUAUAUCAAAGAAACUAGCAAAGAGAUUAAACCAAGAAGAUAUUGAUCACGAGCAAGUGAAGUCUGCAACAUUCGGUAACAGGAGACCUCAACAAUCCAUUACAGCCAAAGUACGAAUUGGAAUAAAAACUAUUGAAGCAGAUAUCAUUACCUAUGGUAGCUACAGUAGUCAACUAUUUAACAAGUAA